AGAUGUGCACACGCUCCCCCUCCCGUCCCCACCGUGGUAGUAACACAACUGCGCAUGCUCACGGAUCAGCCAUUCAUUGAUCUACUGGAGCGCCUUCUGUGCUAGUUUCUGGGCGCUCCGCGGUGGCUAUAUCAAACCAGCUUCCUCUCCUCUUGGAGGUUACAGUGUAGUGGAGGAGACAGUCUCAGAAAAUGGUAUCUACAACCCAGGAGGGAACAGGACUGCCACAGCGAAAGAGCAGCCGGCUCUGAGGGCUCAGGGAAGAGGGGAGGUUUAAGCAGGGCCCUGCGGGAUGUACAGGAGUUGGUUAAGCAAAGGGGGCUGGAAGCAAGACACCAGAAUUGCACUAUAAACUAUGGCACUCCAUAGACGUGUCUGAUAGCCGUGGACAUUUAUUCCUCACCCACUACUCUAUGUCAGGAACUGUGCCAACUACUAGUAAUAUAGGGAGAAGCGAGACAGAAAUAGUCCUUGUCCUCAUGGAGUAUAGGGUCUGGCUGGGGAGACAAACAACGAGUAAACAGGCAAAUCAAUACUGAUCGUGGCUGUUGCUGUAGAGGAAAUGGGGUUCUGAGACAGGGAAUCAUAGGGUGGGAGGUUCUUUAGAGAGAGCUUAGAAAAGGCCUGAUGGGUGAGCUGCGGCCUGAAGGCCCUGGGGCAGGCACUUCUGGGUGCAGGGAACAGCAGGGGAGGGAUGAAUUGGGCAAGUUCAAGAGACAGAAAGGAGGCCACUGGGACUGGACCGGAGUGAAGGAAAGGGAGGGUCGUAUAGGAUGAAUCGGGAAUGGGCAAGUCCCCGCCCCCCUCUGAGCCUCAGUUUCUCAACUGUAAAUGGGGUGAUAGAGUCACUGCCGUGCUUCAAGGAAAUGCUGUGUGCAAAGGGCCCGGCCUGCUCAGGUUCACAUCCUUCUCCACAGCAACCUGCAGCAGCACUAAUGCACGACAUGCCUGGAUAUACCAUUGGGCGUGGAUGUGCACCCCCGGAUGCCACCUUAGGGCAGAAGUGGGUAUACCUGCAGACCUGUGUCCACUGUCACCCAAGGACACGCACUGAGCAGUGCACACAGUCACAUCAGCGCCUGCUGGCCCCUACAGGCACCAACCCUUCUCCCUCUUCCCCGGGCUCCGCAGACAUCCUCAAGUCUCCCCUGAUCGUCUUCGUGAUGGGCGGCCCAGGCUGUGGCAAAGGGACGCAGUGUAAGAACAUGGCGACCAAGUAUGGCUUCUGCCACGUGGGGCUGGGCCAGCUGCUGCGGCAGGAGGCCCAGUGUGGCACCCGGCGGGGCCAGAAGAUCCGUGACAUCAUGCUGCGGGGGCUCCUGGUGCCCACGGGUGUCAUUCUAGAUCUGAUCAGCGACAACAUGUUGUCCUGCCCGGAGAGCCGGGGCUUCCUCAUCGACGGCUUCCCCCGGGAGCUGACGCAGGCCAAGGAGUUCGAGCGCAUUGUGGGCCGGGCCCCCAACAUGGUCAUCGUGUUUGACUGUUCCAUGGAGACGAUGGUCCAGAGGGCGCUGCGCCGGGGCCAGGUGGAGCACCGGGCGGAUGACUGUGAGUCGGCCAUCCGCCAGCGCCUGGAGACGCACUACACCCUGUGUGAGCCCGUCCUGACCUUCUACCAGCAGAAGAACCUGCUCCGAAACAUCUUGGCAGAAGAGGCUCCAGAAAACAUUUUUGCCAAGUGCUGCUCUGUCAUGGAAAGCCUGCAGUGAUACGGGAGGGCA